CGUUGGGGGAGGAAAGGGAGGAGAAAAGGGGAGGGCGCUGAGGGAGGCGGAGGCAGGCUGCACGCAUUGAUUGGUCCCGCUCGAUCAUCUCGACGCUCAGCUGAGGCUGCGUAGCCUGUUCGUCCACUUCCUGCUCAGCGUUUCACGGCUGCCUGGCACGCUGUGCUGUGAUUAGUAGCCUUUAGUCACCAUGUCUACGGCUAUGAACUUCGGGACCAAGAGUUUCCAGCCUCGGCCCCCAGAUAAAGGCAGUUUCCCGCUGGACCAUUUCGGUGAAUGUAAAGCUUUUAAAGAAAAAUUCAUGAAGUGUCUUCGUGAUAAUAAUUUUGAAAAUACUUUGUGCAGAAAGGAAUCAAAAGAAUAUUUGGAAUGCAGAAUGGAGAGGCAAUUAAUGGCUCAAGAAUCACUGGGAAAACUGGGAUUUAGAGAUCUAAUGGAUGAAGAAUCAGAAACAAAAAAGAACUCAUAAUGGGAAGAAGACAAUAGAACUGCAUCUUACAGGAAUCCUUUGUCAUAGUACAUAUUGUACUUUCUCUCUCUUAAGUGUUCCUGUCAUGUGUAAGAGAUUAAUAUUUGCCUGUCAUCGACAUUAAAAUAUUACUUGGGAAAGGUG